CAGAAGGCGCUGAGGCUCGACUGCGCAGCCGCAGAAGGAGCUGGACGGGUCUGCGCAGUCGCAGAAGGAGCCGCCGGUACCGCGAGCAGGUCGGCUCUGGCUGUUUCGCGCCCGGCCUGGGGCGGCUGGGGCCGGGUGGGUCUUGUCUCCGUGCUCCUCAGCUCGUCACCGGGGCGGCUGAGGCCGGCUCCGCUGCGCCCGCCUCGGGUCGCCAGCCCUCCUCCCCUAAGCCGCCGCCAUCAUGCUGCUGCCCGUGUUCACCCUGAAACUGCGCCACAAAAUCAGCCCCCGCAUGGUGGCCAUAGGGCGCUACGACGGGACUCACCCGUGCUUGGCUGCCGCCACCCAAGCGGGCAAGGUUUUUAUCCAUAAUCCUCAUACACGGAGCCAGCAUUUCAGUACAUCCAGGGUCUGCCAGAGCCCCCUGGAGUCUGAUGUUUCUCUUCUCAACAUUAACCAGGCAGUCAGCUGCCUGGCUGCAGGAGUACUGAACCCUGAGCUUGGCUAUGAUGCUCUGUUAGUGGGGACACAGACUAAUCUUUUGGCUUAUGAUGUCCACAAUAAUUCAGAUUUAUUCUACAGAGAGGUAGCAGAUGGGGCAAAUGCAAUUGUGCUGGGGACACUGGGAGACAUUUCCUCUCCUCUUGCAAUUAUUGGUGGAAAUUGUGCUCUGCAGGGUUUUGAUCAUGAAGGAAAUGAUCUCUUUUGGACGGUUACUGGAGACAAUGUUCAUUCCUUGGCCUUGUGUGACUUUGAUGGUGAUGGGAAGAAAGAGGUAUGUGGGAGAGGAGAUAACCUCUCUUGUGUGUUCAGCUGAAUAAAUUUUCCCAUGACAGUGACAUUAAUAAUCACCUCUCUCUGUCCCAUGUACGGCAGUCGAUUUGGUUAUGCCCUUUCCAAUGGCACAGUUGGGGUUUAUGACAAAACAACCCGAUACUGGAGAAUUAAAUCCAAAAAUCAUGCCAUGAGUAUUCAUGCAUUUGACCUUAAUUCUGAUGGUGUGCAUGAGCUGAUAACUGGCUGGUCCAAUGGGAAGAUCACUGUCAAUACUGACGAUAUUGAUUUGGCUGGUGAUAUCAUCCAAUCAAUGGCAUCAUCUUUUGCUAUUGAAGACCUUCAGGUAGAAGCGGAUUUUCCCACCUACUUUGAGGAAUUACGAAAGGUGCUAAUUAAGGUGGAUGAAUAUCAUUCAGUGCAUCAGAAGCUCAGUGCCAACAUGGCUGACAAUUCUAAUCUUAUCCGAAGUUUGCUGGUCCGAGCUGAGGAUGCUCUCCGGGGCUACCUGCCAGGCCCAGCUGAGAUGAGGGGGAACCUCAUGGACACCAGCGUAGAGCAGGACCUGAUCCGAGAGCUGAGUCAGAAAAAGCAGAAUCUGUUGAUAGAGCUCCGUAACUAUGAGGAAAACGCCAAGGCUGAAUUGAGUGGUCCACUGAAUGAGACUGAUGGGCAACGGGGCAUCAUCCCAGCCAACACCAUGCUCCACGCCGCCUUCUCAGUCAAUCUGGGCAACGAGACUCAAGCUGCUCACGCAGAACUGUGCAUUUCCACUUCUAAUGACACCAUCAUCCGGGCAGUGCUGAUCUUUGCAGAGGGAAUUUUUGUAGGUGAAAGCCAUGUGGUACAUCCCAGCACUCACAGCCUCUCCAGCUCCAUCCGCAUCCCAAUGACACCUCCCAAAGAUGUCCCUGUGGAUCUGCACUUGAAAAUGUUCGUGGGUUACAGAAGCAGCACCCAGUUUCAUGUAUUUGAAUUGACAAGACAGCUGCCCCGAUUCUCCAUGUAUGCGCUGACGAGCCCGGACUCUGCCAGCGAGCCGCUCAGUUAUGUGAACUUCACCAUUGCAGAGCGGCCACAGAAGACAAUGAAGAAUCGGUAUAUGGAACUCUAUGACCUUAAUAAGGACUUGCUAAAUGGAUAUAAAAUUCGCUGUAACAAUCACACAGAGCUAUUGGAAAACCUCAAAGCAGUCAAUCAAGCAAUUCAAAGAGCAGGUCAUUUGCGUGUUGGAAAACCAAAGAACCAGGUGAUCACUGCCUGCCGGGAUGCAAUUCGAAGUAACAACAUCAACACACUGUUCAGAAUCAUGCGGGUGGGGACAGCUUCUUCAUAGGAGAGAAAAGAAAUAGGUAAUGAAGUUUCUGGAAAAGGUUUUCCUUGAAAAAUCUGUGCUGGUUUGCUUUGGAUCACAUCCUGGUGAACCCGGGGUGCUAAGAAUGAAAACAGCCUUGGUGAGUUGUAAAAUUAAAGACAAAGCGUUACAUCUGAAGGAUAUAUUUACCUUCUGUUUUUAAAUCAGUAGUACUAUUGCUGAAUAAUAAUAGGUUUGUAUGGAGGAGGACGAAUAAUUUUGAAAUGUUAGGGCUUCAAAGUCCAAUUUUUGUUUGUAUAUGUAAAGUCAGCAUAUAAAUACAUAUUUUUUUCUUGAAAUUGUAAUUUUAAAAUAGAUUGUCUACUUUUUCAUUAAAAUUUAAAGGUGUU